CCAGGGUUGCAGUCCUAUCUCCACCGAAACCAUCCGAUUCCUCUCCAAAGCCAAGAAACCGACGAGACCAUCAUGGCUGCUGGCAGCACGGCCAAGACCCUGCUCCUCGGCUUCCUCCUUGCUCUCACGGCGACCUCGACGCCGGCGGCGGCCACCACGCUGACGCUCCACAACCUGUGCCCGUACCCCGUGUGGCCGCUGGUGACCCCGAACACGGGGUUCCCGGCCAUCUCCGAGAACACGGGCCGCCUCGACGGCGGCGGGCGCGGGCUCGUCUCCUUCCGCUUCCCGGACAGCUUCUGGGCGGGCCGCGUGGUGGCGCGCACGGGCUGCAGCAGCAGAUCCGGUUCGCCGCCGUCCUCGUCCUCGUCCGGCUGCGAGACGGGGAGCACGCCGCCGGCGACGGUGGUGCAGCUGGUGGUGCACGCGGAAGGGCAGGACCUGGCGGCGUACAGCGUGAGCCUGGUGGACGGGUUCAACGUGCCCGCCGUGGUGAGCCCGCAGGCAGUGGGCGGCGGGCAGUGCCCGGCCCUGGGGUGCGCGGCGGACCUCAACGGCGGGUGCCCGCGCUCGCAGCGCGUGGUCGGGGCAGGCGGCGGCGUGGUGGCGUGCAAGGGCCCCGCGGCGUACUUCAAGGAGCGGUGCCCGCUGACGCGCACCACGGCCACCGACGUCGAGCCCGUGCCGCAGCGGUGCUUCGCGCCCGGCGAGCUCAAGGUCGUCUUCUGCCAGUCCGCCAUGGUGAACAACAACGACGCCGCCGGCGAGCCCGGGCGCAUCCGCACCGUCGUCGUCGCGGACAACUAGAGCUAGUAGCUAUAUGUGCUAUAGCCGCCGGCCGGUGGUCGGUCACUGAUCAGUUGAAGGGAGGAGAUGCAUGCCGGCCCUCUGGCCAUCUGAUUAGUGUAUAAUAAAGGUAGUUAACUAGGUAAUUAAGCGCGUGUGUCACUAGUAAGACUGUGUAUGUGUAUGUGUAUGUGUGUGUUACUACUUACUAGUAUAAGUUGGCAUUGGCUUCGUUGCCAAGUGUCCGGCCGGCAGGUAUGUUUUCGGGUGGCCACACGUGUUCAUGUCUCUUGUCAUAUGUUAUGUGCAUUGUUGAGUUUAAAAUUAUUGUUUGUUGAUUUAA